CUGGAACGCGGCCAGGUCCGGGCGACGGGGGAGGGGCACCAACCGCCAUCUUCCCCCCCGCCCCCCGCGCUCAAACCGACAGAGUGCGGCCCAGCGGCCAACCCCCUGCCGCGGCCGGCCGGCUCUCGCGAGACCGCGAAGGCCUCUGGGAAAGGCGGGGGAGGGGAGGGCAGGGGAACGAACCCGGGACCCGAGGACUGGGGGCUGGCUGAGGAGGCGAGAGGAGCCUCAGGAAGCAGAAGGGGCGGAGAAAGACACGACUGACGUGGCACGUGGCCAAUCACGAGCGAGGUCGCGCACGCCUCGGGCCAACGAGCGGUGCGGCCUGCUGCGGGGGGCGGGCGCUGGGGCCGAGGGUAGCUUGAGCGCGGCGGCGGCGUUGUUCAGUCAGAGCGAGAACAUUCCAGAGGUCGCCAGGCCCCGGGCGCUGAAGGGUGUGGACCCCGGACGUCGCUGGGACAGCCCCUCCCCGCUGCUCGGCGGCGCCUGGCCCGGCCGCUGCUCGCUGCGUGCUCCGCCGCCUCCGCCGCCCCUCCUCGGACUCGGGUUCACGCGCGCCUCACUUCAUCCCAGUCCCGGGCGAGCAGCGUUGGGUUUAUGUCUUUAUUUGACGAAAACGAGCUGUUGCGCAGCCAUUGGUACCUGUAUUGGGGACACAUAGCAUACAAGCAAGAAGCCUACAGCCUCAGUGGCGAAAAUUUUUUCAUGUCAGAGACCGAGAACUCUUGCAGUCGUUUAUGUCAUCCCUUCUUCUCCAGACAGAAGAUACCAAAAAGUUGCAAUCAAAGAUCUCUUCAUCUUAUUGAUAAAGCCACUAAUAAGCCAAAAUGUCUGUCAAUGUCAACCGCAGUGUGUCAGACCAGUUCUAUCGCUACAAGAUGCCCCGUCUGAUUGCCAAGGUUGAGGGCAAAGGAAAUGGUAUCAAGACAGUUAUAGUCAACAUGGUUGACGUUGCAAAGGCGCUUAAUCGGCCUCCAACGUAUCCCACCAAAUAUUUUGGUUGUGAGCUGGGAGCACAGACCCAGUUUGAUGUUAAGAAUGACCGUUACAUUGUCAAUGGAUCUCAUGAGGCGAAUAAGCUGCAAGACAUGUUGGAUGGAUUCAUUAAAAAAUUUGUUCUCUGUCCUGAGUGUGAGAAUCCUGAAACAGAGCUGCAUGUCAAUCCAAAGAAGCAAACAAUAGGUAAUUCUUGUAAAGCCUGUGGCUAUCGAGGCAUGCUUGACACACAUCAUAAACUCUGCACGUUCAUUCUCAAAAACCCACCUGAGAAUAGUGAUAGCGGUACAGGGAAGAAAGAAAAGGAAAAGAAAAACCGGAAGGGCAAAGACAAGGAAAAUGGUUCUGUGUCCAGCAGUGAGACGCCCCCACCCCCACCCCCAAAUGAGAUCAGUCCUCCUCCGCACGCUGCGGAAGAAGAGGAGGAUGAUGAUUGGGGGGAGGAUACAACUGAGGAAGCUCAAAGACGCAGAAUGGAUGAAAUCAGUGAUCAUGCAAAAGUUCUGACACUCACUGAUGAUUUGGAAAGGACUGUUGAAGAGCGGGUCAAUAUUCUGUUUGAUUUUGUUAAGAAGAAGAAAGAAGAAGGUAUCAUUGACUCAUCAGACAAAGAAAUUGUUGCUGAAGCAGAAAGAUUGGAUGUGAAAGCCAUGGGCCCUCUUGUUUUGACUGAAGUUCUUUUUAAUGAGAAGAUUAGAGAACAAAUUAAGAAAUACAGGCGCCAUUUCCUACGAUUUUGUCACAACAACAAAAAAGCUCAACGGUACCUUCUUCACGGUUUGGAGUGUGUGGUAGCAAUGCAUCAAGCUCAGCUCAUUUCCAAGAUUCCCCAUAUCUUGAAGGAGAUGUAUGAUGCAGAUCUGUUGGAGGAAGAAGUCAUCAUCAGCUGGUCAGAAAAGGCCUCUAAGAAAUAUGUCUCAAAAGAUCUUGCCAAAGAGAUUCGUGUCAAAGCAGAACCGUUUAUAAAAUGGUUGAAGGAAGCGGAGGAGGAAUCUUCUGGUGGUGAAGAAGAUGAUGAAGAUGAGAAUAUUGAGGUGGUAUAUUCGAAGACUGCCAGUGUACCUAAAGUUGAAGCUGUGAAGUCUGACAACAAGGAUGAUGACAUUGAUAUUGAUGCCAUUUAAAGGGGUGCGUGCAGCCCAGCUUAACAGUGUAAUGCUGCGAAUCUUUCUGCAUCAUCAGCCAGAAGUGCAACAUGUAUGUGCAAAAGCUAAAACGGCUUAACAUCAUGCUACACUUUCUACUAAAAAUGUAUUGCUGUGAGUGGUCUGUAAUUAAGCCCAACAAGACAUCUAGGGAGUCCAUACACCUAUCAGUGAGCAGAUAUAGUUUGCUUAUUUAUAGCAUGUUUCUUUUUGAAAAAUUAGUGGUGGACACAUUUGGAUCACAUUUAUACAGUUAAAUAAAGAUUUGAUUUUUGGUCAUUCUUCAGAUUUUGGCUUUGAAUGACUUAAGCUGAAAUGGCUCCUUUUUAAAAAAUACUGCACCAUCAUUAACCUGAUAAGAUUUUUGGAGCCUGUUAGAUUUUGUUAGAUGCUGAAACUGUAAAGAUGUCUUCAGCAGAAUGUAAACAUAAGCUUAUGUAUAAUUAUCUUAAUCAGCCAUUGAGAAAUACAGUACUUUCAAGCGUUCAGUCCCUCAGAUUGGCAUCUGGUAAUGUACAUUCUUCCCAUGCCGAGGUGGACUGAUAAUCAAGUGGCAGUGCAACAUCGUUAUCUUACUGAGAAGUAAAAAUGACCUGAGUGUCCUAUAAAUAAUUUUAAGAGCAGGUUUUGAAACUUGAAUUGUGUUUUUUCAGUUCGUGUAUACUUACCCCAAAUUGUAGUCUUUGGAGUCAUGUGCAUUGCACGUUGGAUGAGCCAGGGGAAUUAUUACAUUAACAAGCAUUUUACGUGUAUGUAGCUGUUGCUUUGUACUGACUGGGAAAAUUCUGAAACUAGGGUGUGAUUAUAUAGUAAGCUAUGAUUUUAUUUGGGGGAAGCAGGAAAAGGUGCACUUAAUCUCUAGCAAAAACUGCGCAUAAUUUUUCAACUUUUGUUAUGAUUUAAUUUCAAAAUAUUAAGGGCAUACUGUAUCUUUUCAUUGUGGAUUUUCUCCUGAUAAUAUGGUUUGUUCUUUAAUGGGUUUUACAUGUGGAUACUUAGCUUAUGCUUUUUAGGCUUUGGUUGCUAUCUUGCCAAAAUAAGUGUUACCGUGUCUCAGACUUGAUUUCCCCCUCCCCCCAAAAUGUCUUAUUUAAAAGACGCUAAAAGCGUACUUCAAGUUAAAGCCUAUAUUUUGGUGUAAGACUAAAGGUGUUUUUUAUUUCACAUUGACUAUAGCCAGACACCCAAGAAAUCUGAUGGUGGCCACUAAAUGCAGGUGAUCAGGGCCUGACCCCAGCCCAUCCUGAGAGUUAGAUUUAGAAAUAACUUAUUGGUGAAUUCGGCUUAAUUCUGAUCCAAACUCAAGUGAUAUGGGUUAUGGCUGUAUCUGAGAGACCAUCUUCAAAGGAAAAACUUGCUGCAUUUAUUCCUUCCACAAAGUACACUGGGAAUCAAUCCAGAGGGUUAAUUUUAUUGGAAGCGCUGUCUUACAUCAUUCACCUUUCUUUUGUGAUCCAUUUUUACAGAUUAUAAUGAGACCUUAAUAUAAUGUAUGUAAGAAUUUUUCACAUUGGAAAUUAUACAAACAUUUGAUACAAUAAAACCUUGUUAGCUUGAUAUUUCAAGGAGGUAAAAUCAAGUAGUCUUACUGGAGACCUACAAAUCGGUCCCCAUCCUUUCCCUGCCCCCUACCUUUUGAUCGAUUUUGAUGAGUGAAGCAGAAGCACCUACCUGGAGGGAAUGUGCUUUGUCACACGAAAGAGAUGAAAUUUUUACAAAUUACAUCUCACUGAGGUUUCAAAUUCUUUGCAGUAGGCCAAUUUGUUUUCAUCAUUUGAAGUCUUCUAGGAGAUCCUGGUGACCUAAGCCAAGCUGCAUUCAACAUACCCAAUGUCAAGCUGAUAGGGUUCUGUUACAGUUGGGGUUGUUUGUUUUUGUUUUGUUUUUCCUUUCUUUAACCUGAAGGAAAACCUGUUUGGGGCUUCUAAACACUAAAGAAAAAAUUUUGGCUUAGACUAGUAUUCAGUCUGGUGCCAAACUUCAGUGGAAUUCAAAUCCACAUAAUAGGAGUUUUAUCCGUAGAGGCUGUCCUAAUAAAUUAACCCUUCACUUUGAUCUAUUCAGUGGUCUUAAAUUUUCCUGUUUCAAACAGCUACAUUACUUGAUUAAAACAAUGUUAAAAUUA